AUGGCCCAGUUCCCGUCCAUCGUCCACCUCACCUCGCACCCGGCCCUCCUGAGGAUCCGGGGGCCCCAUGUGUACGAGGACCAGGUCCAGCGCCCGUGGCUGCCCCUCGUCAUGGAGUCGGGAAGCGUCGUGCAGGUCCAGUUGCGCCAGGAGGACCCCGGCCAGCACGUGGGGCUCGCCAACCAGGUGCCCUUCAGCCUCCUGCCGUGGGAGUGGGCGCUGUAUCCCGGGGACCAGUACCUCGACUCGCUGGGCCGGUCCUGGCGCGUCGUGUACCACGUCCUGGAGGACGGCGUGGAGGAGAUGGUCCUGGAGCUGAUGUCAGACCCGUAG